AUGGACCGUAUUGUCGAUUUGCGCCACAAAGUCACCGAGCUGAACAACGUCUGUAAAAACAUCUCGGUUGAGCGUGGCCGAGCUAAGGCCUCCAUUGAGAUCACCAAUGUUGACAAUGCCAGACUUUUUGGCCAGCUUAGCAGGGCUGAACAAGAGAAGGACGCUCUGAAGGCCGAGCUAGAAGCUGAAAAGAAAGCGAUGCAGGACGCCGUGGAUGAGGCCAACAACCUCGGUUUUAAGGAGGCCGAAGGCAACUAUAUCAAACAAGUUGAAACUACCAAGUACAUCUACUUCAAGUCCGGUUGGAAGUCUGCUUGUGAAAAACUUGGCCAAGGAUUUGAGACCGAGGUGUUCACCUCUCCUCCCCCCGCCUUCUUGUCAGUCUAUUUGAUACCCUAUGCCAAUGAAGUCUUCAACUCUUUGCAAGAGGAAGCCGAAGAAGAGGCUGAGGAUAAGGCCGGCCAGAGGGAGCCCGGUGACAAAGAAAAAGCUGCCAUGGUCGACCUGGAAGCCGUGACAGAGGGGACCGGAGACGAUGGGACAGUGCGGAAAGAUCUUGGAAAACUUCCGGGUCAUCGAGAGAUAAGCCUUUCUAAAAAUUGGUUCCAAGAUGAUCUCACUUUUAUUUCGCCUCUAACAAAUUGCACCAAUUUACAUAAUAUUGAUGCGGCUAUAAAUCUUCUCAGAGGUUCAUUGCCUGACUCCAUAGCUAAUCUCUCCACAUAUCUUUACGGGAUAGAUUUGGAGGAAAAUCAAAUACAUGGAAGCAUUUGUUCAAGCAUCAGGAACCUCGUCAACCUCAGUAGCUUAAGUGUGGCAUGGAAUUAUCUUAUUGGCCCUAUUUCAUCCUCCAUUGGUAGACUUCAUAAGCUUCAAGCUCUGGGGUUACACCAAAACAAAUUCACACAACUUCCAUCUUCGCUUGGUAAUUUGACUUCGUUGAUUAUUCUCUACUUGCGACAAAACAGCAUCCAUGGAAACAUACCUACGAGUUUGGGAAAUUGUCAUAGAUUGUUGGAAUUAGACCUUUCUCAAGAUAAUCUCAAUGGUCCAAUACCCCCUGAAAUUAUGAAGCUCUCAACCCUUUCAGAAUUGCUCUGGUUAGGUCAAAAUGCACUGUCCGGUUCUCUUCCAUUAGAAAUCGGUUCUUUGAAAAAUCUUGGAAACUUGGAUGUGUCCCAUAAAAGAUUAUUAGGAUCCAUACCAAACACUCUUGGCAGUUGCUUGAGUCUGGAAUGGUUUGAGUUGGAAAAUAAUUCAUUUGAAAGAGAGAUACCUCAAAGUUUGAGAACGCUAAGGGGUUUAAGAGUGUUAGAUCUUUCGCACAAUAAUUUGUCGGGGCUGAUCCCAAGUUAUCUAGGUGAGUUUCAACUAGAUAUCUUGAAUUUGUCUUUUAAUAGGUUACAUGGACAAGUUCUAAUACAAGGAGUGUUUCAAAAUACGAAUGCGAUUUCAGUUGUUGGAAAUAAUGAUCUAUGUGGAGGAAUUGCAAAAUUAGACCUUUCUCCUUAUUCAUCCUCCAAAUCAAGCAAGAAUAAGUUGUCUCACAAGCUGAAAAUGAUAUUGGUUGUGGUGGUUGCUCUUGUGAUAUGUGCAACUUUAUUGUGGGAUCUGAUCAACAAGAAAGUUAUUCGAAGCAGUGAUGUUGUGUUCCUUGAUGACCAAACAAUUGAAGACUUUAGCAAAGGUAAUCAACCGGAGCAAAAAACUAGUGAUCUCAUUGACAUGGAUCCAUCUCCUUCAUCUUUAGUUGAUGAUGAAAUGGAAGAUGUGCAACCACCUCAUAAAGAUGUAGAUGAUGAUGCUGCUCUAAACGAGAUUUAG